CAGAAACACAUCGGCUCAAAAUCUCUCCUUCAAACCUCUCCCUCCCCUCGUGAGUCGGCGUCAGUUCGACGGUUGCCUCAUCCUCAGGAAGUCGCCACCGCAGGCGGCGGCAACAACCAUUACCGGCCAUCAUGAACGAGAAAUGAUUACUCCAUUCCUGCGGCAGGAAACCAGGCUACCGGAUGAAACUCCUCCCAUCUGCACUCCGCUUGCGAACUGCGAAGCGCAAAGUUGGUUCGCCAAAUCCCGAUUACGUACCCAACGAGGUCCUCAACAUCAUUGAAAAUGUCUCCCCCAUGGAACCUGCUCUGGAAAAGGUAUCGAGUUUCCUAUCAUCUCAUUUGGUGACCUCUACUCUGGGAAAGCUACAAAAGCCUGAGCUGAAUUUUCGAUUCUUCAUCUGGACAACGAAUAAAAAGCAUUUCCGCAGCUUGGAUUCGCAUAAGUUGAUCAUCGAUAUGCUCUCAAAGGAUGGAAAUUUGGAUCUGUACUGGAAGACACUCGAGGAAGUAAGGAAUUCGGCAAUGCCUAUUUAUCCGGAUGCUUUCGCGGUGAUGAUCUCUGCCUAUUGGAAGCUAGAUAAGGCUGAGAUGGCCAUUGAGUGCUUCGAAAGAAUGAAAGAUUUCGACUGCAGAGCUAAUUUGUGUACGUAUAAUUCCAUUCUUCACGGCUUGGUUCAGAAAGGUGUAAUUUUAUUAGCUUUAGCUGUGUACAGUAAGAUUUUGAAGUCAAAUUGUUUGCCAAACAGCUCUACAUUUAACAUUUUGAUCGAUGGAUUGUGUAAGAGCGGGAAUACACUGGACGCACUCAAACUGUUUGAUGAAAUGUGUGAAAGAGGGAUAUCGCCAAGUAGAACGACUUAUACGGUUGUUCUUUCAGGGCUUUGUCAGGCAAGGAGAAUAGACGAUGCGUGUAGGCUGUUUAACUUGAUGAAGAGUAAAGGGCACACUUCAGAUAAUGUAACUUACAAUGUGUUGCUCAAUGGGUUCUGUAAGUCAGGUAGGAUUGAUGAAGCACUUGUGUUGCUAGAGUCAUUUAAAAGUGAAGGUUAUGUUAUAGGACUGGAGGGAUACAGUUGCUUGAUUGAUGGUCUGAUUGGAGCUAAGAGGAUUAGUGAAGCUAAUUUGUUAUAUAAGGAGCUCCUAGAGAAAAACAUAGCGCCGGACGUUGUUUUAUACACUAUUAUCAUUAAGGGGUUAUUCCAAGAAGGUAGAAUGAAGGAUGCAUUGGAUAUACUGAGGGAAAUGACUGAAAGAGGUGUACUACCUGAUACACAAUGUUACAAUACUCUCAUUAAGGGGUAUUGUGAUAUGGGUCUCCUUGACGAAGCAAGAUCUCUCCGGCUAGAGUUGUCACAGAACGGUUGCUUUCCGGACACUUACACCACAACAUUCCUCAUCUGUGGUAUGUGCAGGAAUGGUUUGGUGGGGGAGGCAACCGAUAUCUUCAACGAAAUGGAGAAACUAGGUUGCUCUCCUUCGGUUGAAAAUUUCAAUGCUCUUAUAGACGGAUUUUGUAAAUCUGGCGAGAUUGACGAAGCGCGGCUCAUGUUUUUCAAGAUGGAGAUUGGGAAGAAACCUUCAUUGUUUCUUCGGCUUUCUCAAGGCAUUGAUCCCGUUCACAACACGGCAAGUCUCCAAUCAAGGGUCAAUAGGUUAUGUGAGUCGGGGUCAGUUCUUAAGGCUUAUCAGCUUCUUAUACAGCUUGCGGAUAGUGGGGCCGCCCCUAACACCAUCACGUACAACAUUUUGAUGAAUGCAAUGUGCAAAACAGGAAAAAUCGAUAGUGCCUUGAAACUCUUUGAGGAGCUUCAAAUCAAGGGUCUUGCCCCCGAUUCGGUCACCUAUGGGACCCUCAUUGAUGGACUACAGAGGGUUGGGAGGGACGAAGAUGCUUUUAAACUUUUUGACCUUAUCAGUAAGGACGGACGUUCUCCUCUCAGCUCCAGCAUUUACAAGUCAAUGAUGACUUGGUCUUGUCGCAGGGGGAAGAUCACUGUAGCUUGUAAUCUCUGGUUGAAGUAUUUGAGGAGCCAACCCGUGAGGGGCAAAGAGGAUGUUCGAUUGGUUGAGAAACAUAUUGAGGAAGGGGAUAUGGUUAAAGCAGUUAAGAGUUUGUUGGAAAUGGAAACCAAGCUGGCAGACUUUGAGUCAGCCCCAUAUCACAUUUGGUUAAUCGGGUUGUGUCAGAUGGGUCGACCUGAGGAGGCAGUGCAGGUUUUCUAUAUCAUUCAGGAGUUUGGGUUGAUUGUGUCUGCUCCAAGUUGUGCGGUGCUAAUUAACAUUCUGAUUGAGAAUGGAAGUCUGGAUCAGGCUGUGAAGGUUUUUCUUUAUACCACGGGGAAAGGUAUACGUUUGAUGCCACGUAUCUGCAACAAGUUACUCCAGUCCCUUCUUUGUUCCAGAGAAGACAGUGCUGAGCUGGUAUAUGUCGUCUUAAAUGGUAUGAAGUCGACUGGUUACAACAUGACUGUCUAUCUUUAUACCCACACAAGAUCUCUUUUACGGCGGCAUUGGAACAUACGAGAAUCAGAAAACACGUCGCCGGGAUAACUGUUCCCUUCCUCAUCUCAUCAGAGCACCAGAAGGAUUGUUGUAAAACAUGUGCUUCAUUCUUGCAUUGUCAGCACUAACCCCUCAGUUUUCAUUGCCAAAGUUUUGUUUAUAUUUUUCCAACAUAUUGAGUGUUCAACACAGGACAUAUUCUUUACAAAACCAAUAAAAAAUCAACCCAGAAAGGUAAAUCCUAGCUUUUUUUUCUCAUGGAGUAUUUCACUGAUGUUGUUUCCCAACUUUUUUUCAUUCAUACUCUAGUUUCUUAGGUUCAUUGUAUUGG